GAUUUAAAAUGUUUAGUUCUAGUCAUGUCUCGAACUCCGGCGGUUUAUCGAACCCUUCUUCCUGCGCUAUGCGUGUGUUUCACACUCCAAACUGUUUUAUCCCUUGGGAAAAAAUACUUUGUAAAGAGUGCUGCCUGCGAAAUACCCUACAUUAAUCCUUUUACCGACGAUACGAUGAAAUACUUUCAAAUUCGUACGUUGAAGGAGUGCCACAAUGACAGCGAUCUGGUGACAAGUGAAUUUGACUUUGAAUUCAAUCGAUAUCGCCUGCAUGUACACGAGCAUCUGGCGAAGCGAAUGAUAAAUGGAUCAAGCGGUAAUGCUACGCUGGAAUGCAAAUAUCGAAAAAUUGGUAGAGAUGAAAUUGAUGAGAGACCCGACACUACCUACAGUGAAUUUAGGAGCCGUGCCCUACCAGAUAACUUUUUGGUGCCCAGGCACACGGACUUCAUGAUCACCAAAUGCUAUGUGAAGGAGGAGGAAAAAAUGCCGAAACUGCUGCAAACAGAUGGGCUGCCCUUCAUUGAGGAUCAUCUCCGAAAGAAGGAGGCAAAAGCCUAUGCCAAACAGCACCAGAAGCAGCAGCAGAAGAACCCCAAGCCCAGCGUCUUAAUCAUGGGCCUGGACUCCACUUCACGCAUGAAUCUGCGACGUACCAUGCCGCUGGUCUACGAAUAUGUGAGUCAACCGGGCUGGUUUGAGAUGCAGGGCUACAGCAAGGUGGGGGACAACACCUUUCCCAAUCUGUUGGCUGUGCUGGCGGGACACUCACCCAAGACACUUGCGAAAAUGUGCGACGUGUUGACGAUCGGCUGCCUGGACACUAUGCCCUUCAUUUGGAAGCGAUUCAAGAGGUUCAACUAUACAACAGCCUAUGCUGAGGACUGCAAAAAAAUCAACACAUUCAACUACCUCAUGCCGGGAUUUAGAGAGCAGCCAGUCGACUAUUAUUUGCGUCCCUUUCUUGUGGCCAUUGAGGAAAACUUUCCAGUGACCAAAGAAUUUGGAAUGGCCUACUGUGUGGGUCGCCGUUUGAGCUUCGAUUAUGUGUGGGACUUUGGCCAGCAGUUCAUCGAUCGAUUCAUUAAGAAACGAAACCUGUUUGGUUUUCUUUGGAGCAACAGCUUCACCCAUGACGACUUUACGGGAGCCACCGCUUUGGAUCAGCUCUUUCGAAAGUAUCUGCAAUCAUUCGAGGCGUCGGGACUCUUUGAGCGUUCGAUUGUGAUCGUAAUGAGCGAUCAUGGCCAUCGGUACGGUGCCCUGAGGAAGGCGGCCUACGGCUACUAUGAGGAACGAUUACCCAUGAUGUUUAUCUAUGUGCCGCCCUGGUUCCGUCAGAAGUAUCCCCAUUUGGUGGAUAAUCUGAGGAAGAAUCGCAAUCGUUUGUCAUCGAACUACGACUUGCACAUGACCUUGCAACAUCUGCUGCAACUUGAGCGGAGCACUUCCAUGGCGGAUUUCGCCAAGCAACACAGAUCUGUGGCGUGUCCAAGCUGUCAAUCGCUGCUCUUCGAAUUACCCUUCAAUCGGUCGUGCCAGCAGGCGGGCAUUGAGGAGAAAUGGUGCUGCUGCCAUCCCAUCAAGACCCUCAAGAAAAACGGCUUUGUACGAACCAUUGGCCUGGCCGUGGUCCGCCACAUGAACGACCAUCUGAAGGUGCGAAAACUCAGCCACAUAUGCCACAACUUUACCCUCACGCAUGUGCACAAAAUAGACCGCAAGUUGGAUCUACCCACAGACGACAACAACCUGGAAAAGGACGAACAUGUCUACAUCAUGCAGUUCUGGACACGACCCAAUACGCCGCGCUUUGAAGCCACAUUUCGAUGGAACUAUCGCAAACAUAAACUCCACAUGGACGUGGAUGAUCUCAGCAGAUUGAAUGCCUAUAAAAGCGAUUCCGAUUGCAUCUUUGACAAGAUAGCAGAGAAAUAUUGCAUAUGUAAGGAUAGCAUAAGGAACAUAAUCAGGCCUCGGAAAAGAACAGCAAAGCAAAUAGAUAUGCGUAUUUUUCACGGCUGAAAUAAAGCUAUAAGUGACACAAAA